AUGAGACUGGUAGGAGAAGAUUAUCGUAUGAUUCAAUAUCAUAUGAUGAUCCGACUCACCGAGUUGAGUGAGAGACUUCAUAAUCUUAGGACCAACGAGAUGGCCGGGUUGACUCGGUGUUUGGAAAGAUUAGAGGGUUGUAAAGGGAGAUUGACCGAGUUGUUCAUGAACCGGAAACGGAAUGAAUCGUAUUGGGAAUUGGUGAGCGAGGUAAUUUCGAAACUGAUGAGGUUGAAGAAAUAUGCAGAAAUGAAAUCAGUGAGUCGGAAAAUGAUCGAGUAUGCUAGCGAGUCAACUGAGUUAAAUAAACAACUCAGUGCAACGAGUCGAUAUUUCGGAUUAUUGCCAUAUGGAGAAAACAAUUAUUGGUUAACGUUGACCAGAUAA